AUCACAUCUCACACAAGUCGAGUUGUGCUCAGCAAACGCGGCGCGACGGCGCGCGCCCGCGCGUAGCGCUGCGCAAGUGACUCACCGGUGGCCCCUCUCCCGCGGCGCAGAAGCGCGCGGCGCGGCUGCCCCCCAUUCCCGAGUUUGGCCAGAAGGCACAGCCAGCCUCCAUCUGCAGAUGAAGACGCCGGCGCCGCCCGCGGCGACGGAUCCUGAAGACGACGCGGAGCAUCGUGAAGACGCGCUCUGCCGCGCCUGCGCGCGCGCGCGGACCACCGUCGUGCCCGCGCUCGGCCGCGCCUUGGACCACCCGCUCGCCCAGUUGUUGACGGGCCUGCUGACGGUCUUCGCGUUGUUCGGCGACGACGUUCAACGCAGCGUCUACAAUGGACGCGCGUCGAUGGCGUCGCGCCCGACGGAGAGUUUCGCCCUCGCGCCUCGACGCCGUCGACGCGACGAGACGCGAAGAGACACACACGCGACACGCAGGUCCGCAUCCUCGCCUUCGACGGCGCGUCUAACGCCGACUACAUCUUUAGCGUCACGAACGCCGUGGUCAUGACGUACUUCGCGCUCGAGAUCCUCGCGAAUUGUACCGUGCACUAUGACACCUACUUCUUCGGGGUCUACUACAUUCCUGUCCUAUGCGCGGGCUUCUACUUCUUCGGAGGCUUCUACUUUUGGCUCGACGUGAUCAGCACGGCGUCGAUGAUCUUCGACGUGCACUGGCUCGAUGUGUUAGAUGAGAGCGGUCAAGCGGGCCUGGCGCGGUCGGCUCGGAUGUCUAGAGCGACCAAGGGUGCGCGCGUCGUUCGAUUAGCUCGUUUAUUGCGACUAGUAAGGGUCGUCAAGCUCUUCCGGUUGCGGGCGCGGCGCGUCGAGGACGACGACGACGACGACGACGUCGCGCAACCGUCAAAAGUAGCGAAGCGGUUGACGGAGUUAGCUACAAGAAAAAUCGUGAUACUGCUGCUGCUCAUGGUCGCGGUCUUUCCCCUGUUCGACGAUCCGCUGGGAGCUACUGGAGCGUCCUCAGAUGGUAGCUACAGAAGGCUCGGCGUGCAGACUUUACAUGCGUUAAAGCCGAUCAUACCUGAUGGUCAGUCAGCCUCGGACUACUGUCUGAGCGACAUGGACGAGUUCUGCUCGAACCUGAGGACCUACGUCUCAAAGAUAGGUAAGGUGCGGUACCUGCGGGUCGACGGCCACGAUUACGACGCGUACCUCAAGAGUAUCUACUUCCACAGGCAAGGGAAAGGCUGGUUCCAGAAUCAGAAAUCCACAUAUAAUAGUGGAGGAGGCCCGCGAGGCAAGGAUUCUUUGGGUUUUCCGGUCCACGAGGGUAAAGGUAGGAUGGAGUCCGAUAAAAGACCUCUCGGGAAGGAAAGGAAGGCCUGUUCGAUCGCGCCCUGUUCGAACGAGGGCGCCUGGGACCCUCGUAGUGAUUUGGUGGACUCCUUGGCAGAACUCAAAGACUUGUACGGGUGGAGAAUAGGGCAAGGUAAGGACCUCGAUUGGAGUGUCGUGCAGGAGGGCGACUGCGUCCAUGCGCGGGAGUGCAUCCAGACGGGCACGGUCGUGUUCUAUGACACGCGGGACGCUGCCAAGUUUGACGCUUUGUUGAAUUUGAUACGGAUGGUCGUCGUCAUGAUUGUACUUACCACAGCCGUAGUGGUGUACACGCAGGACGCGACGGUGUUAGUUGUGGGUCCCAUCGAGCGCAUGAUGUCUUUGGUACGACGUUUAGCGGAGAACCCGCUGGGGAACAUGUCCCAAAGAAGAAAACAGUCGCAGAAAAAAAUCGACCAGACUGAUGAAACUUUUUUACUGGAUCAAACGUUAACAAAAAUCAGUGGAUUACUACAAGUGGGCUUCGGUGCUGCUGGGGCCGAAGUGAUCGCGAGGUCCAUGGACACGUCGCUCCAGAACCAGACGUACGUCUUGCCUGGGAAAAGAGUUACCGCAGUGUUCGGUUUCGCAAUAGUCGAGGACUUCACGGUCACCUGCGGCGCGUUGGAAGAGGAUACCAUAACGUAUGUGAACACGGUGGCGUCGAUAGUCCACGCGGGCGCGGCGGCGUUCCACGGCGCGCCGAACAAGAACAUCGGGUGCGCGUUCCUCUUAGUGUGGAAGAUCUGCGACGGUACUUUACCCGGCUUGCGUGAUCUCAGAGAUAAAGAUCCUCCCCCGAACACGCCGGAAUUUCGCCAGUGGCGCACGGCUAGGAGGGCGGCGACGUCGGUCGCGUCGCGAGCCCAAGACGAUAUCAUGUCGAGACCGGUCCCGCCUCUGGAGAUGGUCGAGAGCGCGUUAGCUGCGUUCCUGAAGGUGCAGGUCGACUUAAAGGCAGCUAAUGGACAAGGCGGUCGCUUGGCUCACUUUUGCAACGACCCUCGAGUGAAGCAAGCACUAGGCGACGAUUUCAAGGUCAAGAUGGGCUUCGGCCUGCACGUCGGCUGGGCCAUCGAGGGGACCAUUGGUUCGAAGUUCAAGAUCGACGCUUCUUAUUUAAGUCCAAACGUGAAUGUCUCGGCGCGCCUCGAAGCGGCCACUCACAUGUACGACUGCCCCCUCUUAUUUAGUGGCUUCUUCGCCGACGAAUUAAGUCCCGCGGCUCGGUCGUUCUGUCGGAUGGUCGACGUCGUCUCCGUCAAAGGGUCGAAUGUGCCUCUCGAAUUAUGGACUUUUGAUAUCAGUACGUACCCUGGGAGUUCACCAGCACCCUUUACCACGGUGUUGAAUGGCCACAAGGUCCCGAAGGCCGUGGACUUUGCUACUGAUAUGUACUAUCGAGACUUGCAGCGCGACAUCUCCCCAGAAUUUAUGUCUCGUUUCAACGAUGGAGUGCAAGAUUACGUCGCGGGCGACUGGUUGGCAGCCAAGUCAAAUUUGAGCGAGGCCCUCAAGAUUUCACCAGAAGAUGGACCUACUCGUACCCUGUAUCGAGUCCUGAAGUCCUACGAGUUUAGAGCUCCUUCCGACUGGCGCGGGUACCGCGCGCUGACGUCGAAGACCUAGUAUGCUCGCCGCGGGACUGCCUCGGUAGUCUAACCCCGCAGACGAGCAGCCAUGACAGCCUAUCCCCUAUCCCCCCUGUUGUCAACCCCAUGUUGAGUAACGGUCUGUUGAAAUGAAGAUUAC